AUGCAUCGCCAACAAUGGCCAGCGCGCACACCUGUCCAGGUCCAGCCGCAGAACCGCGACCCGGCUGCUUCCUUGAUACCCUCGCACAGCAUCCGCCACAACACUGGACUUCCACGUUACAGUAAACCUCUGGACGCUGUUUCAGUCCCUUCAUCGACAUCGACCGUGGCCUCGGUUUCACGGGAAUCGGAUCCCAAUCUUGACAACUACAGCCAGGAUGCCAACGAUAGCAGGUUUUCGACGCCGGCGUCGGGUCAGUCAGCCGGCAUCAUUAAUCCGUUUGACCUUUCUGCCGCUGCACCUUCGGAGCCUCGUCAUGUCCUCGUCCGCGUGGAUGGCGACGCCGGUGCGUACCUCGGCAACGUUGUGGGACGGCCAGCCCCUCCUGAACUCAACCUCCCAACCGAGAUGGACGGCUCGCGGUCGGUCACUAGCGGAGACCAGAUCCAAACUGGCUGGAGCGUUGACUACUAUGGCUUAUCCCGCACCCCAAGGGAGUAUGGAAAUGGUAUCGGAUGGCGCUCUCAGGAAUCCGAGGCCGUAGCGGAUGCCCAGAGCAACUUUGGAUGGCCUCGAAAGUACGUGUGCUCCAUGUGCUCAUUGCACUGGAAAGCCAUGCCUUUGCCUGCCAAGGUCAUUCGAGGAGAUUAUGUGCGGACACGCUCCGGCGUCUGCCGAUCCCGACGGCACGCUUACAAGAACCAGCCGAACCCGUCAGAUGGCCGGAGGGACCCGGCCUUCUCCCGGCCGGGGUGCUCAGAGCCCUACUCGCAGCUGCACUACUACCUCGACCAUGAAGGCCCCGGUAACGAGCCGUGCGUCCGGGGUCUUUGUCAAAUCUGCCGGCCCGUUUCAUUCUUCCCGGACUCGCAACCGACGACCCACUGCUGUCCGCCGCCGGUUGUCGAACCGGGCUACCUCAAAGAGAUCUACCGGUGCAUCAUGGACAACUGCCCGUUCUUGACAGACACGCGGCGGGAGAUGAAGGCCCAUCUUCAUUCUCCCCGAAAGAAUGGCCACAAGUCAUAUUUGACGGGACUAGCCAGCCGCAUUGAGCAUAGCCAAACCCUGAGCGCCAUUGACAAGGAGAUUUCUUCGCGGCUGAUGCUCAUGUUCAACGACAGAGACGCUCGCGGGCAGAAGUCCAUUUCUCAGCCCAUCAACACAGUCCUGGGUCCGGAGGACGUCAGCAGCCCUGCCAUCUUACGAGAGCACACCCAAUGGAUGUCGUACCUUGGGCUGCACACUCCCGAGUUACACCGACGGGAUUUCUUCGACUCGAGGACAAAUCAGUGGUACUACCGAGAGUACAAUCUCGAUGACGACUUUGAAGACGCGUGCGAGAACACGCGGAUCAUUUCCUAUGCUACUGGACGCCCAGUCAAAGCCUCGGACUUUCUCUGGCGCUGA